GGAUAAAAGAUAUGAUGCGCUAAAUUGACAUCGAUUAUAAAUAAAUCCUAACUUGCAUAAGACAAAAUAUACAGUUAUAUAAACUGUCUGCAGUCUUAAGCGAAAAUGAUGAAUAGUUGCCUCCAAAAAAACUUGAUAAAAGGUUUUGUUCAUGGUAAAAGUCAUUCGACAAUACUACAACUUUGUACCAGACAGUUAAGAACAUGCAGAAAUCCAUAUCAAAUACUGAACAAAGGAAAAAAGUUGACAUCUAAAUUUAGUAUACCAAUAUCAAGAAUUUUACAACCAUUAAGACAAACCACCACAGUAGCUAUACAAAACCCAGAAAUUCCAUUACGUGCCCAAAAGAUAGUUGGAGGAUGGUUGAUAGGCUGUGCUGGCAUGUGUUUUGGUGCUGUUAUAUUGGGUGGUGUAACACGAUUAACAGAAUCUGGGUUAUCAAUGGUUGAUUGGCGCCUGUUAAAAGACAUGAAACCACCACAAAAUCUGAAAGAAUGGGAGGAAGAAUUUGAAAAAUAUAAACAGUUUCCAGAAUAUAAAUAUGUAAAUGCACAGCAUGAAAUGACCUUAUCAGAUUUUAAGUUCAUUUUUUACAUGGAAUAUGGCCAUAGAAUGUGGGGACGGUUAAUAGGAAUGGCAUUUCUUUUACCUGGUGCAUAUUUUCUAAAGAAGGGAUGGAUUUCAAAAGGAAUGAAGCCACGUAUGAUAGCAUUAACAGCACUGCUUGGAUUUCAGGGAUUUCUUGGAUGGUACAUGGUGAAAAGUGGUUUAGAAGAAAAGCAAAAAGAAACAGAUAUUCCAAGAGUUAGCCAAUAUAGAUUAGCAUCUCAUCUUGGUUCUGCGUUUAUUUUAUAUACAUUAUUUCUGUGGUCUGGAUUAACUCAUAUUCUUCCUUAUAAUAAAAUUGAGUUUACUAAGGAGAUGAGACGAAUUAAAGGAAUGGCUCAUGGAAUGAAAGCUUUGAUAUUUAUAACAGCUAUUUCAGGAGCCUUUGUAGCUGGGUUAGAUGCUGGUUUAACAUACAAUUCAUGGCCUAAAAUGGCAGACAGAUGGAUUCCAACUGAUAUGUGGACAAUUGAUCCAAAAUGGAAAAAUAUUUUUGAGAAUCCAACCUUUGUGCAAUUCAACCACAGACACCUGGCAGAGAGUACCGUGCUGUUGAUAGCUGGAUUUUGGUGGAUGUGUCGGAAAGCUCCCCUUCCACCCAGAGCAAGAAUGGCAGUCAAUGCAUUACUUGCAAUGAGUAUUAUACAGGUAUCUUUGGGAAUAACAACAUUAUUAACAUAUGUACCUACACCAGUGGCUGCUACACAUCAAUCUGGAUCACUGGUCCUACUGAGUAUCGCUGUGUGGUUGACACAUGAAUUACGGAGAUUACCAAAGUAAUUUAGGGUACGAAGAAGUCAGAUCUCAAGAAUUGGAAGGAAAAAACCAGCUGAGAAUCUCCCCAAGUGAACAUUCUAUAUGUGAAUGAAAGAUAAUAAGGAAACAUAAAUGUAGGCUUUGCUUUUAUAAUAUUGUGCAGAAAGUUUGUCAAAAAAAGCUUAAUUGAGAAAAAACUUCAUACAACACUUCUCUGAGUUAAUGUGUAUAGGUUAUCCUUGAUAGUACAGCCUGGAAUAGUUUUCUGAUUUUGAUUUCAUUGUUAUAUUUUUUUAUACUUAUAUUUAUUGUUGUUUUGCACAUAUUUAUUUUAAUUUUCUGAGCUUACCAGACCAAAUUGGACCAAAUUGACAAUGAUUGACCUAAAUCAAAAUAUAGAUCCCCAAGCUUUAGGCCACCAUAAUAGAAAAGAAAGGAUGUACGCUUUUACACCCAACUUAACGAUAAUUUUCUUUGCUUACAAGUGCUAUUUUGUUCUAAAGUGGACACCUUUGAUAUCUGAAUUGUAUCAUAUUAAAGUUUGUUUGUUAAAUGAAAGUUUAAUUACAAAUGUAUUAGCAUCUGUGAUAUCUCUUUAUAUCUUAUGCUAUAUAGCCCUUUCCCUGACCUUAAUUAUCAGCAUUUCAGAUGCUUAAUGGAAGGAGAGAAUUGGGUGUUAAUUUUCACUUACAGGGUGAAACAACUCAUUUCAGAAGAUUGAUGUAUAUUUGUUUCAAGGAUGAUGAUGGCAUGACAUUUCUUUUGAGACCAAAGUCAACCACAAUACUAUGUUUUUAUGCCUCACCUAGGGGCAUUAUGUUUUUCGGUCUGUGCGUCUGUUCAUCCGUCCGUCUGUCUGUCCCGCUUCAGGUUAAAGUUUUUGGUCAAAGUAGUUUUUGAUGAAGUUGAAGUCCAAUCAACUUGAAACUUAGUACACAUGUUCCCUAUAAUAUGAUCUUUCUAAUUUUAAUGCCAAAUUAGAGUUUUGACCCAAAUUUCACGGACCACUGAACAUAGAAAAUGAUAGUGCAAGUGGGGCAUCCGUGUACUAUGGACACAUUCUUGUUAAAAAAAUGUAGUUGUUGCAAUAAAAAGCAUCUCUUCGCCAUCAUUUGUAUGAUACAUAUAAUCAUUGUUCAGAAUGCUGAUAGUUAUGAAGUUUAAACUUUAAAAUGAACUCGUCUAUCUUUUUUGGAAGAUUUGCUAUGUGUAUUAAGUAUUAGUAUUUUUUUUGACAUUUUUAAAAAAUGUGAAAAAAUCUGAUGCAAACUGUAUUCAGAAUGUUCAAUUGGUGGCACAUGUUAUUAUAUACUGUAAAUUCAGAAAUCAUUGAAAGGUUUUUAUUAAUGAAAAAAAGGCGACCUGGGUGAGUCUCGCAAUGAUAAAACUCACAUUAUGAUAUCUGAUACAUAUAUCUGUAUGAAUGAUUUUUCUGAUAUACAUUCAUUAAUCUCAUAAUUUUGUUCAAUCUUCAAAUAGUGCAAUAAUAAGUGCAUGCACUAAUUUCUGAAUUUACUAUACUGAUAUUUUAUAUAGGAUAAAUAAUGUAACUUUAUAGAGUUUUGAUUUAGGUGUGUGGAUUCAUAAAAUUUGUAGCUUUUAUGCACUUUUAUGCCAAGUAAUUCAUUGAAGUAAUUCCAUUCUUACUAAAUGUACAUUUAAUUUUAUACAAAACUGUUUUUUAUGAAGACGUGCUUUAUUAGUAGUUUGCUAUUUUAGAAUAAUUAGUGAAUGAGAAGCAAAUGCAAUAUUUUCUCUAACUAACAACUAUGUUUUUACUUUUAGUAUGAAUUUCAUAUUUUAAGUUCUAAAACCAUAUUACCUAACAAAUACCAUGUCAGUUUAUUUGUUAUGUGUAAAAUCUAAAAUCAUAAAUUAAAUAUCUAUUCAAUAAUUUUUUUCACAAAAUAUUAAAAUUGAAAUCCACAAAGUGACAGAAUUUUCACAGUAAGAAGAUAUUACUACCCAUUAUAUUGCAUUGUUUAAAGGAAGUUGGUAAAAACAAGUUCUGUGAAACUUAAAUGAAAGUAAUUUAUUUUGAAAUAAACAAGUUGGAUUAAUA